UUUGACGCAUUUCCGGGGCGCCGGAACAGAGGCAGGCGGAGGUGGCGGCGCGUCGGGAAGAUGGUGGUGACCAGGUCCGGGAGGCCUCGGGCCACGAUCCAAGCCACGUUGGCUGAAAACUCCCAGCAGAAGAAUUCUGCUAAAAGAAUUCAGGCACAUCCAAAAGGCAGGAAGGAAUGUCUGCCUGUUGACCUAACUACUGCGGAAUCACAAACCACUAGGAAACAAAGUCCAGUCUCUAGAACUCCUAAAACCAGAAAGAGGAAGAGCGGAACUACAGCUUCAUUAUCAGAAAUGAACAAACCAUCUACUGAUGGAGAGACCUCUGAAGCAGAGUCAAAUUGUUCUUCUGUGUCUGAGCUCCAGGAUCCCAUUUUAAGAAUAACUAGGAGACGGCAGAUCUUAGUUGCAUGCACUCCAGUGUCCAGUGUUCGGAAAAGGCUGAAAGUAACUGCUGUAAAUCAGUCUCAUACUGAAGAAGACGACUGUGACUCUGAAGCUGAAUCACAUGUCUCAGGUAUUUCUAGAAUUGUGCCGCCCACAGUAAUAACUACAAGGACCAGAAGUAGUAAGGCUAAAUCUGUAAGAGAUCCAAGCCAAAAAUUACAUGCAGAAGCUGUUUCUGAUGCUGAGUCAUCAUACUCAGACAUUUCUUCAAUUUCUGGAGUUGCAAUUAUGAGAACAAGGAGUAUGCAGAAGAAAUUACAUGCACAAACUGAGGAGAAAGAUACUGAUAUUGUACCAGAAAAUGAAAAACAAAUCAUAAAUAUUCCUGUGAAUUCAGAGGAUUCAGAUACCAGACAAACAACUUGUUUACUAGUAGGAUCGCUUUCUCAGAUAAAUAAGCCAAAUUUCUAUAAUAAUGAAAUUUAUAAUGACUUUGAUGAUGAUUCCUUCCACAGCAAUUCAGAAAAAAAACAAACAGUGCAAAAACGCCGAUGUUUUAAUGUAAGAGAGGAGAAAAAGGCCAGUGUUGCACCUCUCAAAGAAAUAACAAAGGAGAAUUGUAAGAAUUUAGAUGAAGAAGCCAAGGGAAUAGUAGAUGAGGAAAAAGAAAUAAAUAAGAAAAAUUCUCAGUUGGAGAGCCUUUCUGAACCUCGGGAUACUGGCAUUCAGCGGUUAGUUUCUCAAAGGCAUUCAACCCCCCAAAAUAAUAAGACCACAUCAGAGCCCUCAAAUCUGAACUCUGAGGCUAUAAUGAAAUCGUUAGCUCAAACAUUUGCUGUGGUGCAAGUGGACAGAUGGAAUGAAGAAAGAAAGAGCACCGUAAAAACAAGUGACUUGACAGAAUUUGGUGAUGGUGGUAGUGAUGAAGAAAAGUGCACAGUUACAGGUAUCAGUGAAGAUAGGAAUGAAGGAAGGGAUGUAGAUUUUGAGUGUGAAACCAAGCUGUUCAAGUCUGAGCUCCACACAGCCCUGGACAAAGAUGAUUCUGUUUUAUUAGUUCUCAGCAGUGAUGAAAGCCAGCAGUCUGAAAAUAGUGAGAAUGAAGAGGACACUGUGUGUUUUGUUGAAAAUAAUGGUCAAAAGGUGUCAUUAAAUGGAGAAUCAGAAAAUAUGUCAUGUGACAAUGCAUUGUUUGUAAUUGACACAACUCCUGGCUUGAGUACUGAUAAACAUUUUUACUUGGAUGAGGGAGACAAGGCAAGUGAAGUUGCUACUGAGGAAGAAAAAGAGGAGGAAGAGGAUGAAAAAAGUGAAGAACCAUCAGAUCAUGACAGAAACAAAGAUAGUGAGUUUAGUGAUGAAGACGACUUACUAAAUAGCACAAAGUCUAAACUUCUGAAGUUGACGAGCAGCAGCAUAGACCCUGGUAUGAGUAUCAAGCAGUUGGGUGGUUUGUAUAUUAAUUUCAAUGCAGACAAACUACAGUCGAACAAGAGAACCCUAACACAGAUCAAGGAGAAAAAGAAAGAUGAACUUUUGCAGAAAGCUGUCAUUACUCCUGAUUUUGAAAAGAACUACUGUGUCCCACCUUAUAGUGAAUCAAAGCAUCAACUUCAGAAAAAACGCAGAAAAGAACGACAGAAAACAGCAGGUGAUGGCUGGUUUGGUAUGAAAGCUCCAGAAUUGACAGAUGAACUAAAAAAUGAUCUCAAAGCACUGAAGAUGAGAGCUAGCAUGGACCCAAAAAGGUUUUACAAGAAAAAUGAUAGGGAUGGCUUCCCCAAGUACUUCCAGAUUGGAACCAUUGUUGACAAUCCAGCUGACUUCUACCAUUCACGAAUUCCCAAAAAACAAAGGAAGAGAACUAUAGUGGAAGAAUUGCUGGCUGAUUCUGAGUUCAGAAGGUAUAAUCGAAGGAAGUACUCAGAAAUCAUGGCUGAAAAAGCAGCAAAUGCAGCAGGAAAGAAGUUUCGAAAGAAGAAGAAAUUUCGCAAUUAAGAUUCACCAAGCCACAGUAUUUUACAUCUCCUUUUAUUUACUCAAGAUGUUUUGAAAAUUAGCAUCAUCACAUAAAUUAAUAUAGACUGGCCCUGUUUGAAAAAAGUUGACUUGAGGGAGAAUCAGUCACAUACCCCUUGGGAUAAAAAGAUGUGUCUACUAAAGACCCACCCAUGUUUAGACCCUUUGAGGAAAAAAAAGGAAAACCUCUACCAUUUUAAUAUGACUUUUGUAAAGUUUUCAACACUUGGUUAUUUAAAGAACAUUGAAUUAAAAACAUUUAGAAGGUA